AACUAGUUGAACGUGUACAGAAGAAAGGAUAUACUUUACCUGGUAGUGAUUACGUAGGACCUGGAAAUCCUAUAAAUAUAGACGCACCGCGCAGUGGAGCAGAUGCCAUUGCUAAAGAGCACGACGUUGGAUACGAUAAUUUGCUAAAGGAAGCAAGGGAACGACCGUUUACAGAAGAAGAAUUUAGACAACGAGUUCAACAAUUGGAUGCAAAAGCUAUAAUUGAUUUUGCAAUUGACUGGAGUCAUACACGAAAUUGGCAUUCAUUUGUUGGAAAGUACGGACUGAAAUUGAAGACAGCUGUUGAACAACGUAUUGGAAAAACUUUGUACCCGAAACAACCGAAUGCCGAAAAAACAGAAUUAUGAAAUUCCACCGUGGGAACGGUCUAAUUGGGAGUUUAUGCAUGAAGGCCAGAAACGGUAUGCCUAUGAACAAUGGCUAAUGUCUCGUGUUCGUCGUGGUUUGCCUAUAGAUCACGACCGCCCAUCAACAUCUGGUUCAGCCUCUGGAACAAGUUCUGUAGACGAACAUCACGACGACGAAGAAGUAUCACAUAGCGAAGAAGACGAAGACGAAGAAGCACCAGAAGAAAUACAACAACAUUCUGAACCACAACGUUUAGUACCAUACUCUGACAGUGACGAAGGUAUGAGUUCGCCAAUGCAGGUAGAUUCAGGUAAACGACAGGCUGCAGCAGGUCAAUCUGGUGGAUCUAAGAAGAAAAAAACGUUGACAGGCACCGCAGCACCAUCUGCUAAUGUACUGGGUGAUUCUCCUAAUACUCGUGUUGAUCCAUUACCUGCUCCUUCUAUAUUAGAUACUGGUAACAUUACAAGAUAUCGCAAAGUUCAUAGAUUUUUCACAUACGGUUUAGCAUACAAAGUGAUUGAACAUGAAAAAGCAGUAUGUAUGAUUACUCCUUUAGCAGAAAUUCCCGUUGAUCGGCCAUUUCUGUAUAUGACGCCUUCUGAAUUCGAUUUAUUGCCUGAUGGUAGUAGAAUUGUUCAUUGUUCUGUAAAAGUGAUUGCACGUAAUCCUAGAAUUGCUUUUCCGACUAAUUCAAGUGAUACAGAACUUGCAACAUUAAAUCAAAAUAAGAAUAUGAUUACAAGUGUAGGUAUUAAUUUGAAAAUACCUGGUAUUAAUGUGAAGCCUACAGCAUUUACUGCAAAUGCACCUAUGGAAACAACUGCUAUAGAUCAUAAACGAAAGUUUGAUCCCAUUUGGAAGUCAUGGUACGGUUAUAGAAAUGAUGAAGCAGACUUCCUUACUAAAGUACCUGCACAUCAAUUUGGACAACCAGUUAAUUUAAAAUAUUAUUAUGCUUGUGUUUCUAGCUCAAAAGAUAAGGGUUUACAUAAUUGGGGUUGGAAAUGCGUACAGUCUUGUGUUUCUGAAGUAGAUGCAGAUGCACGAACAGGAAGUGUUAUUGUUGACUAUACGUAUACUCCAACAUUAGGUUUUCUGAAAAUUCCAAAAGUGGCUAAUGUUGAUAUUUUUCCUAUUACAACUACUUCUCAAAAUGUAAUUCAAAGGUAUAAUAUUAAUGCCGAUAAGCACUGUAAUCCCUUUAUGUCAUGUGAUAGUUUUUCUUUAACCCCCUUUGAACCAGCGAGAAUGGAAGAACAAUUAGUGGGAGCUGUUACUCCCGUCACAAAUGCAGAAGUAUCAGGAUAUAAUAAUUUAAUAGAAAAAGCUGAUAUUGCUUCUGUGGGAUAUAAUAUUAGACUUCACGAUACAAAUGUUCAACCUAGCCUACAUGUAGGCAUUAAUCCUACAUAUGCUUUAAGCACAAGCAGUUUAAAUAGUGACGUUACAAAAUAUACUGAUACUCAGAUGUUGUUUGAAGUUAUUGCAGAAUGUUCAGUUUAUGCAGAUGGUCUAGAGACACAUUAUCCUAGAGCAACUGUAUCAAAUGUUCAAGUAUCUGAUAUGAUUUAUAUGUCUAAUGUAAAAAGGAAUGAGGAAUCAUCUGUUUAUAAAGGUCAAUACGAAAUUAAACAAGUGUAAUUUCAAAUGUAACAAUUAUAAUUUAUUUUUAUUUCUUGU